AGAGAACGUCUUGUUCUGGAAACAAAAGCUAAUUUAAGUAGACCCCAAAGUGGCACGAGGGUGAGGGACCACACUCUAUUUGGAGACAAAGAACAGGUUGUUUCACGAGCUGGUCUGACAGACAUAAACCCUGAAAAGGAAUGGCCUCUGCUAACUCUUCCUGGUCUGAAGAGGACUUUUCAUGUUCCAUCUGUUUGAACGUGUUGGACAGACCGGUCUCCACACCAUGUGGACACAUCUUCUGCAGACCCUGUAUUAUAACCUUCUGGGAGGACCAACUCGAGUACAAAUGUUCUUUUUGCAACGAGCAUUUCAACCGAAGACCUGAUUUGCGGGUCAAUACCCUCUUUUCAGAGAUGGUUGAGCAGUUUAAAAGUUCUGUACAAGUCAAAGAGCAGCCUUGUGUUGUACCGGGAAAAGUUUAUUGUGACGUCUGCACUGGGACCAAGCUGAAGGCCGUGACGUCCUGCCUGGAGUGUUUUAUCUCUUACUGCCACACACACCUGGAGCCACAUCAGUUGGUCGCACACCUGAAGAGACAUCUACUGGUCGACGCUAUGGACGGUCUGGAAGACAGGGCGUGUAAGAAACACGGCCGACUCCUGGAGCUCUUCUGCCAGACUGACCAGGUGUGUGUGUGUCAGUCCUGCACUGAAGAGGACCACAAGUCCCAUCCUGUUGUACCUCUAAAGGAGGAAUAUGAAGUGAAGACGGCCCAGCUGGGGAAGAUAGAGGCUGACGUUCAGCAGAUGAUCCAGGAGAGACAACAGAAGAUUCAGGAGAUCAGAGACACAGUGGAUCGCAGCCGAGAAGUUGCAGACAGAGAGAUAUCCGAUGGCUUGCAUGUCCUCACUGCUCUGAUGCACCGCAUUGAAAAGUGGCAGGAUGAUCUCAUCCAAACUGUUGAAGAGAAACUGAAAUCCACAGAGAAAGAAGCUAAAGGCCUUCUCAAAAAGCUUCAGCAGGAAGUAGAAGAUCUGACCAAUAGAAGCUCAGAGGUGAAGCAGCUCUCACACACUGAAGACCACCUCCACCUCCUCCAGGCCUUCAGAUCCCUGAAGGAUCCUCCACCCACCAGGGACUGGACGACGGUGGAGGUCCGUCCUCCGUCAUACGUGGGGACCUUGAGGAGAUUGCUGGGUCAGCUGGAAGAGAUGCUGAACAUGGAGAUGAAGAAGCUGCCUGAUAGUGAACUGAAGAGGGUCCAGCAGUAUGAAGUAGAUGUGACUCUGGAUCCCGAUACAGCUCAUCCCCACCUCAUCCUGUCUGAGGAUGGGAAACAAGUCCAUCAUGGCGGUGUAGAGAGAAAACUCCAAGACAGCCCCAAGAGAUUUACACGAUAUCUACGGGUUCUUGGGAAGCAGAGCUUUUCCUCUGGAAGAUUUUACUUUGAGGUUCAAGUUAAAGACAAGACUGGAUGGUGGUUAGGAGUGGCCAGAGAGUCCGUCAACAGGACGGGUAUCGUCACAUCGACCCCCGACAAUGGCUACUGGAAUAUUUUCUUCUACAACAAUGAGUUGAAGUUCAACGAUAACCCUGCUGUCCGUCUGCCUCUGAGAGCAGAGCUCCAGAAGGUGGGGGUGUUUGUUGAUUAUGAUGAGGGUCUGGUCUCUUUCUAUGAUGUGGAAGCCAGGGUUCAUCUCUACUCUGCCACUGGUUGCAUCUUCACUGAGCCUCUCCAUCAAUACUUCAGUCCAGGUUUACAUAACGCUGGUGAAAACUCCCCUCCUCUGAUCAUCUCACCUGUCAAUCAAACAGACUAGAGGCGUAAGAAACCAGCGAUCAUAACCACUCAUGUUAUUGCCUUAAUGCGAAUCUAUGCUCUGUGUUGGUACCAUUAUAAAGACACUGAUAUAACUGCAUUCAUACUGCUCUGUUCUCUGUCAUUUAACAAAGUAAUGAAGAACAUAACCCCGCUGUAACAGAAACAUUACCCAUUAUUAAUGAUUACAUUACACAUUCUAGAUUUAACAUUUUCAAUAGAUAAGGUACAUUUUUCUUGUUCUUGCUAGAUGUAUGUUCCCUUGUGAAGUUUUCAAUGCUAAUAUGUUGAACAUAUAUGUUGGUUCAUAAAAACUCAUUAGAUGUUAGCGAGACAUAAACAACUACGUUUUCUAACUUUUUGCCUUGUGUAUUUAUGAUUCACUUGCGUUUGGUUUUAUUUAAUCUGUUGGAUUAUUGUUAUCGCUAUUUAUCUGGUUAUGUAGCGGUAGCUACAUGCUGAUCAUGUUAUUAUAAUAUAAUUGAUUGAUUAACUCGUGUUGAUAAUGCUAGUUAGCAGACAAACAUAACCGGUUUCCUGUUCACAUGGUUUCCUCGUUCUUGUGUUGUUGCAGAAUAAAAUACCACUGUCAUUUUAAAAUGUAUUUCCUCUGUUUCAAUGUUCUUGCACUCUUCAUUUGAUAAAAUAUUUGACUACUACUGCUCCUUCUAGUACUACUAAUAAAACAACUACUACUACUGAUAGUACGACUACUACUACUACUGAAGUAACCUUUUCAGUUUAAAGACAGUAGAAAAAACACCACCCACUGGCCAAUUC